CCAAGAUUAAGAUAGGCAGGUCCAAUGGAGGGAGACUUACGCAUAGGUAUGAAUGUGUGCAACGCAGUGGCACGUACGCUCAUUACCGAUCUCGCUCGUGCUACAAAGGCAACAAACAAGCGACCGCAGUAAUAAGCGAAACUUCUGCGAACAUUCACUUUUUGCGAUUUGUCUUCCACAUUCGAAAUUACCUUGCCUUCGCCGCAUCCCAGAAGCCAGAAGCCUUUAUGGAGUUUUGAGAUGUAAAAAAAGUAAAAGAAUUGCUCUUCGAGAUUCCUGUCGCUUUGCUCUUAGUUAACGCAGAAUCAAUUUAGAUUUUUUAACUGCUGUCCAAUUAGAGAAUGACAGUUGGUUUUGGUAUAAAUAAGUUUGUCCGACCGUGGACAAGACAACAGUACGCUUUGCGACAACCAACGUGUGCAGACCAUUUCUGAAUAAGUUCUUCAUUUGCAAAUUUAUAAGAGACGAGAAAAUGUUCAAAUUGGUGGCACUGUUUUUGUACGUUACCGCCGUUGUAGGCAAAGUGACCGAAAAGCCAGACGUCUUGGAUGCCGUAGAAGACACCGAAAUUCAUUUGGUCCCAACACUGCAGGCAACUUCGAUAGUUCAGGAACCCACAUUGGCUAGAGUGGGCGAUUUGAUUCACAGUGUGCCCACCGCUGUUUCUCAUCAGAGUUCAACCAUUGUUCACGACCGCGCUAAUGUAGUCACACCGAUUGUAGCACCAGCAGUUAAGACACACAUCACACCGCUUAUCAACUCGUACGUUUCGCCAUUGGCACGUUCUUAUCCCAGCGUCUAUCCGUUCAGUUACUAUUAUGACUUCUAUCCUUAUAGCUACAAGAGUAUCUACUUAGCUUGAACUGUUCGUAAAGAAUAUUAAUAUAUUCAUAAAAUUGUCCGAUGAGAAAUUGAGUAUAAUGACAUACGUAUGUAAGCUCUUUUUAAAAAUAAAU